GAUGUGUAUGGAGAGGAAAGGAGCAAAGUAGAUCUGUUAUUAUUUUCAACGUAAACUUCGUUGUAAACAAAACUUUUUUCACGGAAACAAACUUUAACGUACAGACCACCGAAUCUAUGCAAAGAUCAAGAGAGUAGAGUAGCUAACUAUUUGCAAUAUCCUUGCAUAACGUUAGCUUUUGUCGGCAGAAAUUGUUAGCACAGCUGGCCAGCUAGCCCUCUGCAAUAUCAUCGACUGAUAUUUCGGAAUCCUCUUUUAAAUAGGCAUAAUUUUAGAAUAAUCGUAACUAUUCUUUGAAAGAAUCAUUUAGAAACCAGGUAAUUAAAAGUCUACACAAAAUGUCCGGUUUCGACGACCCAGGAGUAUAUUACAGUGAUAGCUUCGGUGGUGUAGACGGACCUGGGGACGAUGGAGGGGUGAAGCGGAGUCAGAUAAAGAAACGAUUCCGGGAGUUCCUCAGACAGUUCAGAGUCGGUACUGACCGAACCGGGUUCACGUACAAAUAUCGAGAUGAGCUGAAGAGACACUACACUCUGGGAGAGUACUGGGUGGAGGUUGAGAUGGAGGACCUCGCGAGCUUUGAUGAGGACCUCUCCGACUGCCUGUACAAGCUGCCCACCGAAAAUCUUCCUCUGCUGGAGGAGGCUGCAAAGGAAGUGGCGGAUGAGGUGACGAGGCCCCGCCCCCUGGGGGAGGAGGUUGUGCAGGACGUGCAGGUCCUGCUGAAGAGCGACGCCCACCCAGCCUCCAUCCGAAGCCUCAAGUCGGAGCAGGUGUCCCGCCUGGUGAAGGUGCCCGGCAUCGUCAUCUCGUCCACGGCGGUGCGCGCCAAGGCCACGCGCGUGUGCUUGCAGUGUCGCGGCUGCCGCUCCGUCAUCAGCAACAUCCCCCUGCCCCCCGGCCUGCAGGGCUACGCCCUCCCCCGCAAGUGCAACACCGAGCAGGCGGGGCGGGUGAAGUGCCCUGUGGACCCGUACUUCAUCAUCCCCGACCGCUGUGUCUGCGUCGACUUCCAGACACUCCGUCUUCAGGAGUCCCCGGACGCCGUGCCCCACGGAGAGCUGCCCCGACACCUGCAGCUGUACUGCGACAGGUACCUGUGUGACCGCGUGGUCCCUGGGAACCGAGUGACUGUGAUGGGCAUCUAUUCCAUUAAGAAGGGCGCCCAGACCAAGGCACGCAGCGGCCGGGAGAAGUCAGCAGGAGUGGGCAUACGGUCGUCCUACCUGCGGGUCGUGGGCAUCCAGGUGGACACUGAAGGAGCAGGUCGCGGUGCCUCGGGGGCGGUGUCCCCUCAGGAGGAGGAGGAGCUGAGAGCGCUGGCCGUCUCCCCCUCCAUCUAUCAGUCCCUCGCCCGCUCCCUCGCUCCCUCCAUCUACGGCAGCGACGACCUGAAGAAGGCCAUCGCCUGCCUGCUGUUCGGCGGAUCCAGGAAGAGGCUGCCUGACGGUCUGACCCGCAGAGGGGACAUUAACCUGCUGAUGCUCGGAGACCCUGGAACUGCCAAGUCCCAGCUGCUGAAAUUUGUGGAGAGGUGCUCUCCCAUUGGGGUGUACACCUCAGGGAAGGGCAGCAGCGCGGCCGGCCUCACGGCCUCCGUCCUCCGUGACCCCAACACCCGCGGCUUCGUCAUGGAGGGGGGGGCCAUGGUCCUGGCUGACGGGGGCGUGGUCUGCAUCGACGAGUUCGACAAGAUGCGAGAGGACGAUAGAGUGGCCAUCCAUGAAGCCAUGGAGCAGCAGACCAUCUCUAUCGCCAAGGCUGGCAUCACCACCACCCUGAACUCCCGCUGCUCGGUGCUGGCGGCCGCCAACUCGGUAUUCGGGCGCUGGGACGACACCAAGGGCGAGGACAACAUCGACUUCAUGCCCACCAUCCUGUCCCGUUUCGACAUGAUCUUCAUCAUCAAGGACCAGCACGACCAGCAGAGAGACAUGACCCUGGCUCGUCACGUGAUGAACGUGCACCUGAGCGCUCAGACCCAGACGGAGGGCGUGGAGGGGGAGAUCCCGUUGGCCACCCUGAAGAAGUACAUCGCCUAUGCCAGAGCGAAAUGCGGCCCUCGGCUGUCGGCUGCAGCUGCGGAGAAGCUGAAGAACAGGUACGUGGUGAUGAGGAGCGGAGCAAGGGAGCACGAGAGGGAGAGCGACAAGAGGACCUCCAUCCCCAUCACCGUCAGGCAGCUGGAGGCAGUGGUGAGAAUCGCAGAGUCUCUGGCCAAGAUGAAGCUGCAGCCGGUGGCUGGAGAGGAGGAGGUGGACGAGGCGCUUCGGCUCUUCCAGGUGUCUACGCUGGACGCCGCGCUGUCAGGGAGCCUCUCGGGUGUGGAGGGCUUCACCACGCAGGAGGACCAGGAGAUGAUCUCUCGCAUCGAGAAGCAGCUGAAGAGACGCUUUGCCAUCGGCUCCCAGGUGUCUGAGCACAGCAUUGUGCAGGACUUCACCAAACAGAAAUACCCGGAGCAGGCCAUCUACAAAGUGCUGCACCUGAUGAUGAGGAGGGGAGAGCUGCAGCACCGCAUGCAGAGGAAGGUCCUCUACAGGGUCAAGUGAGCGCACACACACAGACGCACAGGUCCCCUGCAAGAGCACACAUGCAUACUAACGUACACACAUGUACAUGGCUACUGAUGCAGACAACGCACUGCUGUCAGUAGACCAUAUUCAUUGUAUUUGUGCCCUUGGUCCAUGCUGUUUUCUUCAGUCUACUAUUUGUAUUUGAGAGCAAGUGCAUUAUGGGACAGGGGUGCUUUGUUUUCUCUUUUUGUUGGGGGGGGGGGUUCAGUUCGGAUGAUGUAUUGUCUCAGUGGUUAA